UCUCGCGAGACUAUCGCGCACAGGGAGGGAGGGGGCACCCAGCGCGAGACCCAGGGACAGCUCGGGAGGGACGGAGCCAGCGCGCGAUUCCGUAGCCAGCGCUAGGCAGAGGUGCGGACCUGAGGCAACCCAAGCGUGCCCCCCGGUCUCGAGGUGAUACUCUAUGGGAACUUGAUUUGAUUCUCAAUGGGAAGCCAGUGGAGGACAGGGUUGAUGUGUUUGCAGUAGCCAGUAUUGCUGAGAAUGUGCUUCAGCAUUCUGUAUCAUUGGAGUUCUUAAGCACUGAAGACUUCAUGCCCAGCUUUGCCCAGCUAUAUGAAAUAUGGGAGACGACAGGCCGUUUGUGUGCAAUGCCCCUGGCUGUGGACAGAGGUUUACAAACGAGGACCACCUGGCGGUUCAUAAACACAAGCAUGAGAUGACAUUGAAAUUUGGUCCUUCUAGAACCGAUUCAGUCAUCAUAGCAGAUCAGACUCCAACUCCAACCCGUUUUUUGAAGAACUGUGAGGAGGUGGGGCUCUUCAAUGAAUUGGCCAGUUCCUUUGAGCACGAGUUUAAGAAAGCCACAGAGGAUGAUGAGAAAAAGAAUGCUGGACCUCUGGACAUGUCUCUGCCCUCAACCCCAGACAUCAAAAUAAAAGAGGAGGAGCCAGUUGAGGUGGAUUCUUCCCCUCCAGACAGUCCUGUAUCCAGUCCACAAUCCCCACAGAUCCAAGAGAAGGAGAUCACUUCAAAGCCGGUUAUAAUUUCUACUCCUACUCCAACCAUCAUGCGUCCAGGGUCACUGCCACUACAUUUGGGAUAUGACCCGCUACAUCCCACUCUCCCCUCCCCAACCUCUGUCAUCACCCAGGCUCCACCUUCCAACAGACAGCUUGGGUCUCCCACGGGCUCCCUCCCACUUGUCAUGCACCUUGCGAACGGACAGACUAUGCCUGUCCUCCCUGGCCCUCCUGUACAGAUGCCUUCUGUUAUAUCGCUGGCUAGGCCAGUGUCCAUGGUGCCCAACAUUCCUGGUAUUCCUGGUCCACCCAUCAACAGCAGUGGUUCCAUUUCACCAUCAGGCCUUCCAAUGCACUCUGAGGCUAAAAUGAGACUGAAGGCCAGCCUGACGCACCAGGUUUCUUCCUCCCUGAAUGGCAGCAGCAUGGUUGUGGGGUCAGCAAGCACGAUGGUGACCUCACGUCCAGAGCAGGGUCAGAUACUUCUCCAGCACCCAGAUGCACCUUCUCCAGCUCAGCCACAGGUUUCCCCUGCUCAGCCCACACCUAGCACUGGUGGCCGGCGAAGACGCACGAUGGAUGAAGACCCGGAUGAGCGCAGGCAGCGUUUCCUGGAGCGGAACCGUGCUGCAGCCUCUCGUUGCCGUCAGAAACGCAAACUGUGGGUGUCUUCCCUGGAAAAGAAAGCAGAGGAGCUCACGACGCAGAACAUCCAGCUGAGUAAUGAAGUUACACUACUGAGGAAUGAAGUUGCUCAACUUAAACAGCUACUGUUGGCUCACAAGGACUGCCCAGUCACUGCACUACAGAAAAAAACACAGGGGUAUCUUGAAAGCCCAAAGGAGAGCUCUGAGCCUACCGGUUCCCCUGCUCCUGUCAUCCAGCACAGCUCCGUGACAGCAUCCCCCAACGAGCUCAACGUCCGCUCUGCAGCUGAAGCUGUUGCCACUUCGGUCCUCACUCAGAUGGCAAGCCAAAGGACAGAACUGAGCAUGCCCGUACAGUGGCACGUCAUUAUGGCUCCACAGUCUCAGUCUGCUGGCAGAUGAUGUCACAAACCACGUGACAAAGAACUAACCCAUAAGAACUUGCAGACCGAGAGACUGAUCAUAGCUAAGUCCCUGCUUAAUGGGGGCAGAUAUGGAUUUUUUUUUUAAGUGAGUUAAGGGCAGCUAUGGAAGCUUCUUUAUACUGCAUAUCUUAUACAGAUCCUGGCCCAAAACCAUUGUCAUGUGAUCACCUGUCCAUACAGGAUGGCUUCAGAUUGAGGGAUUUCUUGAUCCCUUAGUGAUGAUCAAUCAACUUGCAAAAUCAUCAGAACACAAAGAGCCUCAUUUGAAUGCAUCUUGAAAGGCUCAUUUUCAGGUAUCAGUUACGUUAACACUAAAGCUCCCCUGGCUUGUGGUUUCUCUUGGCAUUAUUGCUAUUUUAAGUUUCACCUGUUAGCAGAGGAAAGUAGCUGUUGGGAGGCUGUGACAUUUACUGGUGCUGUCACUUUAUUUUUAACAGCUUGCUGCUUCCAAUCAUCUGUUUCCCCAUCACUGCUCUAGCUGACCUGAAAUGUUGCACCUUGGCACAAGAAUACUGGCCGAGUUUUCCACUCGGGCUAGUGAGAUUCAAAAGGCUGAGGAUAAUGGGCUUCCUAACUCCAUGGGUUUAACUUCCCUGACACCAAAGCUUUCUGGUUCUGAAGCAAGCCUGGCACCUCUAAUUCACAUGCAAUUAACCAUCAUUGACUGCUGUAACUUGUGGGGUUUUUAAGUAUGUGUUCGCAGUCACUGGUGCAGCAGUAGGAACUGUGACCAUUUCAUGUGCUUCUCUCUUAAUUGACACCAUAGCUGCUAAUGAUGCAAGUACCUUCUUCAGAAAAGGGCCUGCUUAUAAAUCUUCCAUACAACAGUAAAGCAGCACCAAGCUGCGGUCUGCCAGGAAAAGCUGCUCUGUGUGAUGCAUGAAAGGAUGAGCUGGGGCAGAUGGAUAUAAUGCGAGUCCUGGAAUUAACCGGCUACAAAAUCCACUACCCAUCUCAACAAGUCACGAAUUUAACAAACAAACCCCGCACGUGUCAAAGGAUUGUCUCCCGUACAUUUAACCUGAUGACAUUAUAAAGUGGUGGCCUUAAACGAAGGGAGGUGGACGCAUAUCCCGCUUGCCCGGCCUUUUACCUCUUUUAAUGGUUUUCUUCUGCUCCUGGUAGUGGUAUAUCUAUUGCUUUUCCUCAAGAGCAAAUGUAGUCCUUUUAGAGCUUCCAGGUUCAUGGGGUAGAUUUAAAACCAGCCGUGACAUUUUAAAGGCACUUGGAAUUGUCUGCUUAUUGCCAAAGUGAGUGUGUGUGUGUGCGUGUGUGUGUGUGUACUUUCUUUAGGUUGUCAUUGACCUUUUGCUUGCUGGGUAGUAGUUGUAGAUUUGAAUUUGUAUUUUGGGAGCCGGAAAGGGGUGCUGUGUGAAUUUGUGCUACAGCAAACCCAUCAGUCGAUGAAACUCUCAGCACUUCAUCUUUCUUGCCUUCUUUAAAGACACUUUUCCUUCAGUUGAGCUCGUCGAUGUCUUCACCCUGAGCUUCCAGACCACCUCAAAUCGCACUUGCCACUUUUGACCCGAGUUAGUUUGGCUGAGUCAGUAGUUUGGCUCAUCUAGACUUGGAAUAUUUGCCAGGGACAGCAAUACCCAAAGCAAAAUCUGAGCAUGUAGAAUUUGACCCACCCACCCCUAGAUACAGGAAAAUUCCAUUUAUUUCUUUUUUAAUUAGGGGUCUCCUCUCCCCCUUUUCUCCCUCAGGUUUCUCCAGGCCUCUCUGCCAUAUUCUCUAAUGUAUUUCAUGGUCCUAGUUGUCUCUUAAUACACUGCCACCAUGUGUUUGUCUCACUCUGUCGCACACACUCUCACACACAAUCAUUCCUGAGAUUUUGUGUUUCUUUGCCCUCUCAAGACUCUGGAGCUAGCAGCUCUUGCAUCUCUGUUUAGAACCUGUGUGUAGUUACUGCAAGAGGCAUUCCAGAUCAGGCACUUCAUUUUUUUCCAUUAAAGUUGUUUAUAUAGAGAAUUUUCAUAUAGGAAAGUGCUUUGAGUAUAACUGUCCCAACAGGGUCUCUGUUUCCUUGAUGACAAAGAGCUAUACCAUCAGCAGGGUUUUCAGGAUCUUGUGAGGAUAAUGCAACCAAGGAAAUGGUUUAUAAAGUCGAACGGCCUGAUUGGACAAGACACGGGGCCUUUAUUUGGCUAAGAAUCCAAGACAGAAAGGGCUCAUGGCCAUGUUGUCAGAGGUCUAAUACGACAGCAGGGAAUCUGUUUGUCACUAUGACUAGUUUAGUCUCUUGCAGACACUUCACUGUCUUGUAAGGAAUAGGGUGCUUAGCUCUGACAGAUUCAUUAGAAUAGCUGGAUUCAUAUGUGUGGUUCAAGAGGCCCAAACAGCAUUGACAUGAUAACUGAACAUACUCCACUUCCAGCCUUCAGGCAAACAUUAGUGUCUCAAAGCUAGUGGAUGUUUAACAAGAGGUAAGAGAAGCCCAUUUUAACACCAGCACCAGUGCAUGUUGAGACAGCACCACUGGGUAAAUACUGCCUAUCGAUAGCCUUAGCACAUGCAUAAAGCAGCCUUCAAAUACCUUCAGUUGUUAAGAGGCUGGCAGCUCAAGGAUACAGCUGCACAAUAGACUGUACAAGGGGAUGGGGUGGUAAGUACAGCUUGAGUUGGACAAGUGUGAAAGGCUUUAACUGAAAGUGAAUUUGCUUUGGUGCUCCCAAACCGUAUUAAUUUCCAUGGAGACUUGUACAAGGGACCAUUUUUUUGGUCUGUGGCAAGCAACACGCAUGUGCACGUAUGUGUGUUUGCACAGCUAUCUUGGAAUCGUUUCUUUCCUUCUUCCUGCUCCUCGAACUUAGUCGGGACUGAAACAAUACCAUGUGACUUAGGUGACCAGUCACGUUUCAAACAGGGAGUAGUCAAAGGCAUAGUAGAACGGAAUAGCUUCCCAGCACCGCAUAAGCUGGAGUGGAUUUGUGUGACGAGUUUGAAAGCUUCAGAUUGCAAACAGACUUGUAAAAAUCAGUCCAUUGAGCAAAAACGGACAAUUUUUUUUUUUGAACGGAUUCUGUUCUAAAUAGGACACUCUGCUACAGUCACGACUAAGGGUCUGUCUAAAGCUAGCUCAGGUAGACUAGCCCAUGCACGGCUUUUGCUGUGUAGACAGACCCUAAAUUGCUGAUUCUUUUCUUCCCAGCACCCGUCUUUGUAAUGGGAGGGGCUUAAGAGGUUCAGAAAACAGGGAGAUGCUUGAAGUGGAAAAACACAAGUGUCAGUGUAAUGGACUCUGGUCCCUGCUCGCUGCUGGCCCCUUGUGGUCAGUUGUGGUGGUGUAAGAUCCUCCAUCUUAAUUCGUCCUUCCUAGGACUUCUUCCCGUAAGUUCAAAACAGGCUUUGUAUUGCAAAACAGCCCUUUUUUCAACAGAAAAUCCCCCAAAUAAGGAAAAAACCUCAGGCCUCUGGUCCCAUUCUUGUUCCUUCUUAAAAGGACCAGUCAUCCAGACACACAGCAACCCAGUCAAGGGUAUUUCCCACAUGCCUCCAUUUCUGACAGUCUGAACUGUGGGGUUGCUUCUCCCUGGGGUCUGGAGGCAGACUAAGGGAUUUGGCCACAUUCAGGUAGCUAUGGGUAAUGGGUGAUUUUGCUGUAGAUUCUGACUCAAGGGGUUUGAGUGAGCAGGAGAAAGCAGAAGAAUUAUAGGUACUAUAGUCUUUAGUCACUACAGCUGUAAGUACAGCAACCAUCGUAUUCGUUACCAAAAUGGUGUUUAACUGAUUGAGAGGUGUGUGAACUUGCUCCCUGGGACAGUACAGCAUUAGUGUAAAAUCUGGCUGCUUUUUGCUCUCCUUACUUAACCACUGGGGAUCAAAAAUUGCACAAGUCUGCGAUCUGUUUGUUGCUACCAGGUCCUGCCAGAAAACUACAGCUGGCCAGACAGAGCAGUGACUAUCAGGGGCUGAGACUUCAUGCCCUACUGGGUGCUAGAAACAUACAGUGUACCCAGGGAAUAUUUCCUGCCCUGACAAAUCACCAGAUACCAGACCUUAAAAUCUUGUCCUUCUGAUUACCAUCUUGUGCCCCACCCACUUCAGUUCUGACAUGGUUUGUGUGUAUGCUCUGCUGAACGUACAGAGCUAUAAACUAAUGCUUUCUACCAUCUGGAAGCAGCCGGGAAUUCCAUCUUUCAGAUAGUGUGUAAAGCAUUAAUCUUUAUGGGGGUUCAUGGGCAGCUACUAAACAUCCAGCCAGAACUGGAAGUUUAGAGGCGGGGAAAGCAAGAUGAUGAUUUGUGUGACAUGAUUUUAAAUGUACACUGUCAAGUUAAAUCACAUUUCAGUCUGACAAUUUUUACCUCCUCUUUAUAGGCGUUGCCUAAGAUUGCUAGCAGUUGGAGAUAAAAAAUAAUUUUGUAAAUUUUUCCCCCUUGUUUAUUUACUCUGCAUAUUUAGCAAUAUCUUAGUCGGGUUUCAGUAUUUCUCCUCUGUCACUUAGUCAGUUCCCCUGUAUGUUUGAGUCAUUAGUGUGUUAAAGGGAGAAACAUCUUGGAAAAAUAGGAAAAUGUGCCUGUAAAACUGCAAAAGUUGGCAGGAGUGCUCAGGAGACAUGUAGACCAGAAACUGCUUUUAAUGGUAAUUGUCUGGAUUUCAAGCUGACUGUUUCCCCUUGAAGUGUAUUUCACUGAACGUGCAAAAACAAUGUUCAGUGUUUAAAAUACCUGUAUGUAUUUAAAUAGAAAACUCAGUAGUUUCACAGAAGAGGUGGAAGUGAGUUUAAUCUCCGGCUGUUUUUCUGUCUCCCAGCAGAGUCUGAGCAUGUCUGAGUCCCAGGUUGCUGAAGACAAACAGUUUAUCUUUCUGUGUUCAAAAUAGGCACAUGGGCAUGAAAUGUUCUCCAACUUCCUUCAUGGGGCCUAGGGAGCUCCUUGGUAAUGACCUUAGCACUCAGAUGUCCUCUCUGACUUCCCUGGACGAAGGAAAUGCAGCGAGGAGACAAAAGUCUAAUUUUGACACCUUUGAGAUGUUCUGCAGAACAAACUCAAGAUAGCAAACGUAUUGAAAAUAACUUCAGUACUUUAGGUAACACCUGUAUUUCUAGGUCCAAUAUCUUAGAACUUGCUACUUCUGGAAAUACUGGCAGGAGCAGUACAAAUGCUGUCAGGACCAGUAACUCCAUCCUCCAUCUCCCUCAGCACGGUUCCUGGAUCAGUGAUCAGAAUAAAACAUAUUCUGUUCCUACUCAGUGUCCAUUUCAACUAAGGCCUGCCACUGAAUGAAUGUAUUGCUAGAGCAGCUCCAGAUUUGGUGGUUCCCCACAAUUACGUAGCUAGCUUAAUAGUCUACAAAAUAGCUUAGCUUUCACUGACAAGCUGAUCUUUGCCUGGCCUUAUUAAAAAGGACAGAUUUAGAAGAAGUAAACAGGAGUUUCAGACGUGUAAAUGUCAGAGAUCCCCUUCAUUAUCGGGCACACACCUGCCUGGUACUACCUUGUGAAAAGCAAUCAUGGCUGUGCAAAAUGUUUUAAAUAGGUUAAAGGUUUUUUUGAAAGUAUUUCAUUUUAAUCUCCCCAAUCCUGGUUUUAAUAUCAGCCCUUCCCUUCUCUCCCAAGUCCCUUGCUGUGAGCUAGCCUGAAAUGUAAAUAGGCUGGGAGCUGCUUCCCAUCCAUUUUG